AUGACACAACCAUCCGCCGGCGGGAAAUCCCCUGCGUCCAAGCUGGCAUCCUCCAUCUCCAAAUCACGCCAAAUCCUCCCCGACCCGACGAACAGCUUCAAACCCGGCACGAAGCAGUCCUCUCCUGUAGUACGAAAUAUGGAUCAGAUCACACGGAUUGGGGCGCAAAGGAGCAUGCCAAUGCAACCAAACCCGGCGGUACAGGAUAUUCGAAAGACAAAACAGUAUCGAAGCUUUGCGAGGAGUUACGCAUUAUACGAACGAGUGUUUUACGAUCGACAACCCAAAAGCUUACCGGGAGUGAACGCCUUUUCACCAGCAGAACCGUCAAACCAGCCUUCAGAUAUUUCAACAUCAAAUGAGAGCACUACAAGCUGA